UAUUCUAUCUGGGCUGGGAAUGUGAACGAUAUUCCAGGGAUUUGCGGAGGACUCUGGGAUAACCUGAAGCAUUCUGGCGCAUGCACACCUAUCGCAACAUACUGUGGAGGAGACCCGGCAUCCCGCCUUUUGAACUGGAAAUUCACCGCACCUAUCUUUUGCAACUCAGGGCACGUAGAAUCUGCUUGGUGGGAGGCUACGCGUAAUCAAUUUGGAGCAGUUCACUGCUAA